CUACACAUGUGAAACGUACCUUAAAUCCCCCCAUUAAACUUUUUCAUCGAUUGCGCCUUGGAAAUUGGAAUCACACAAAGAAAUACAGAAACCCCGACAUGCCCGUCGCACUGCAAACAUCUCCGGCCAGCUGCAGCAGCAGUGGGUAUCGUCUACGCGCAAAAACCCCAUUCUGUUUCUCCAAUCUAAAGUUGAUCAGAGCGAAUUAUUGGAACCCAAAUUUUGUCUCUCUGAUUUCAAUUAAAUUCCAUCGCGGAGGAGGAAAAAUCGAAGCUCUAGCCAAGUGUGAAGAAGACGAAGAAGAAGGAGGAUCUGUUCAUGCCAUCGGCGAUUCGCCGGCGUCUAUUGAUUUGCAGCCUAUUUCCGGCGAGGAUCAGUUCGACGGGGUCACCGCAGGGGAAUCAGUAAUCAUUCUAUGGAUGGCAAUGUGGUGCAGAAAAUGUAUAUUUUUGAAACCGAAAUUGGAGAAGUUAGCCGCGGAUUACUACCCAAGUGUGCGGUUUUACAGCGUUGAUGUUAAUAACUGUCCCCACAAGCUCGUUGUGCGUGCAGGAGUCACUAAAAUGCCAACAAUCCAGCUGUGGAAGAAUGGGAAGAAGCGCGGCGAGGUGAUCGGAGGGCACAAAGCGCAUUUGGUUGUUAAUGAAGUUAGGGAAAUGAUUGAAAGUGAGACUAAUUGGUAGUAAAUAUAUAUAACACAAUGUCACUAUUGGUCAUUUGAUCUUUCACAUUAUACUUCCACACUCCCAAUUGUAUUUAACUUUUGACACUACUUGGUGUGCCUAUUUUGACACCACACUUUAGGAGUCAAACACAAAGCAUGACUCAAGAAGAAAAAAAAAUUGGUGUCAAAG